AAGUUAAUUGUGAUUGGGACAUUUACAAGCACAAGCUCCAAGUAGAUCAAUAUCCAGCCUCUGAUUUGAAUGGAGAAAUCCAUCUGUCUCCAGCAUGCUCAGAGCCUUAUUGUACAGUUUUAUCUGUGGGCAGCAGAGGAGGAGAACCAAUGAACUGGGAGAUAACCCAGUCUGCUUCCUCUGCAAAGCUUCGGGGCAUUGCACAGGAAACCUACUGCUGUGUCAAGUCCCAGAGAAGUAGAAACUUCUUCCAAGUUACUAAUCACAGCGAAAUGCAAGUCCACGGAAAGGGCAGGGAGGAAAGGAGUGCCCGCUGCUGAUGGUUAAGAGGUGCUACCACGCAGAAGCCAACGGGAGAGCAGAACGAGCUGGCCAUGGUCACUGCUGCACCUGUGAGGAGAAAAAGAACAGGGUGAGCAGCAGAAACCAGAAACCAGAAAUGCGCUGCUUUUGGAGAACUUCUGACCUAGUGGUACUCUUGAUAUGGGGAGUCCUCGUGGCUGAGUCAAGCUGUAUGAAUGGGAAUCAAACGUCACUGAAUAGUUCAUUACUUAAGACAGAAGUUAGCACUCCAGUGUCUGUACAGAUGGGUACAAAGGCUCAGCUGUGCUGCCCUCCCAUUUCAUUGACAAAAACAGUCUUAAUAACGUGGAAAAUAACCCUCAGAGGCCAGCCUCCCUGCACAAUAUCCUACAAAGUGGCAACAAAGGAGAUCAGUGAAGCCAACUGUACCGACAGGAGAAUCACCUGGGCCUCCACACCUGGCCAGAGUCCUCAUCUUCAGAUCAAUACAGUGGCCCUCAGUCACGAUGGGCAGUAUUUAUGUGAGGUGGCAUCACAUGAAGGGCAUUACCAAGAGAGACAUGACCUCCAUGUUGUAGUCCCUCCUGAAGUAACCCUGUUUCCAGGGAAAAACAGAACUGUAGUUUGUGAGGCCAUUGCAGGCAGGCCUGCUGCUCAGAUCUUUUGGGCUCCAGAUGGCUAUCAUGUCACUGAGAAUGAAUCACACAGCAAUGGCACUGUGACUGUCAGGAGCACAUACCACAGGGAGCCCAACAAUGAGUCUGCUGUGCUCUGCUUUGUCUCCCAUGUGACUGGCAACAAGACUCUGCAAAUAACACUGAACAGAGGUGGCAAAGCAUUAUUACGAUUAUAUAUUUCAUACAUCAUCCCACCCAUUCUUACUAGUAUUUUGAUCAUCGUAGGAUGCAUUUGGCUUUUGAAAUUCAGUGGCUUCAGAAAAUGUAAACGGACAAGACCAGAUGCUUCUCCAGUUGUUGAGGAGGGAUUUUGACUUUGAGCUUUUUCCAAGGAUGAAAUGCAACCUUAUGCUAGCUACACAGAGAAGAGAAAUCCACUCUAUGACACUGUGACCAAGGCGGAGGCUUGUCCAGCAUCGCAAGGUGAAGUCAAUGGCAUGGACUGGCUUGCUUUAUCAGCCACUGAAAUCUAUCACCAAGAAAAAUGAAUCAAGAGACAGCAUAAUUACUGUUUUUCUUUUCUUAAGAUUCUACAUUGGAAAGAUGACAUGGGGAUUAGCUCUUCAAACGUUCUUAGGAAGCACACAUGUUUCUAAUGGAUUUACAUCUAUAGUCUUCUAUGACUGGCGGUUUGGAAUUUUUGCUGCUACCAGUUAGUCCUUUGAAGAAAUGAUGUAAUUAUUACAAAGAAAGCACAUGGUUAUGAUACAGUAUCAAAUUGUGCAAUACAGUAUGAUGAAGACUGAAUUUCUUCCAGACAUAACUACAAAAGGAACAAUCAUUACUAAAGAGUUUCUCAUGAAUUCUUCCAAAAAAUUUCUCUGUAUAUGACAUGCCUAUGACAUAUGUGUGCAUUUAUAUGUUUAUUUACAUAUGUGUAUACAUGCACACAUCACCUUGUCAAGACAAUUCCUUGUCAAAACAUGCUGAAAUACUAGACUUAUAAAAGUUAAUAAUGUAAAUCUUAAAAAUCUUUUUAUAACAACAUAAGCAAAACUACCUCAUUCUUUUCAAUGGCUAUGUAAAAAUCCACUGUAAGACUACAUUGUAAUUUAAUUAAUCAUGAUCCUUGGAUGGGCCUUUAGAUUUUGUUUUCUGUGUGGUAUUAAACAAUACCAAGUAGAAUGUU